GCUCGCAUCCAAACCUAGUAGACUUGCGAUAUUCUGCCCGGCUGGUUUUCCACUGCACCUAGUUGCUUCCCGCCCAUGGCGAAGGGAGACAAAGUGAAGAGGGUUUUGGCUUUCACGGGGGCGGCAGCGUUUAUUGCUAUCGCCGUGAAUCUCCUGGUUUCUGUUAUCAAUGCUCAUAAAGACAAGUGGAGGAAGAAGAAGCGAGGUCUUCUACGUUCAAAUGUUUGUGUCAAUCUUUCUGCUUUUGAGAUCCACCAUUUGACUGAUCGCAUAAUUGCUAAAUCAAAUGAGAUACAUGAUCUAGUAGCUUCAGUUCACCUUGAGAAUGUGUCAUAUGAGAAUGCUGUUGCUCCUUUGGCGGAUCUUGAAGAAUUUCAGUAUCCAUUGGUGCAGUCCUGCAUUUUUCAAAAGAUGGUGGCUACUUCAGAUGAGGUUCGGAAAGCAAGUGCUGAUGCUGAGAGGAUUCUUGAUUCUCACUUCCUGAUGUGCAGAAAGCGUGAAGAUGUUUACCGUGUCAUCAAGGCCUAUGACAAAAAGGGUGAAUGGCUAGGUCCUGAAGCAAAGCGAUAUGUUCAGAGCUUGGUUAAAGAUUUUGAACGUAACGGUGCUGGUCUUACUUCAAGUAAGAGAAAGGAGAUUGAGAGUUUAAGUUCUCAAAUUGAGAAAUUAAGUUUGGAAUUUAUCCAAAACCUCAACAAUGACAAUGGAUUUCUUUUCUUUAGUGAGGCAGAGCUUCCUGGGAUGCCGUCUCGGUUUAUCGAGAGCCUGGACAAAUCUGAACAAGGAAAGCUAAAGGUUUUCUUGAAAAGCCAUCAUGUUUUACCAAUACUUGAAUACUGCAAGAUAGGGUCUACCAGAAAGUCUGUAGCAAUUGCUUACUGCCAGAGGCACGGGAGAGAAAAUCUUGCCAUACUGAAACAUUUGGUGCAUUUGCGUCAUAAGUAUGCUCAGCUGCUUGGUUACUCGAAUUAUGCCGAUUAUGUUACUGAGCCCAGGAUGGCAAAGACUUCCUCUAAGGUUUUUGAAUUUCUGGAGGAAUUAUCAAACAACUUGUCAGACCUGGCUACAACGGAACUUAAUUUUCUUAAAGAUCUGAAGAUGAAGGAAGAAGGGGAUGCUUCCUUUGGAAUGGAAGAUCUGGCAUACUACAUUAAAAGGGCUGAAGAGCUACAUUAUAAUUUGGAUAUGGCAGAAGUUAGACAAUACUUUCCUGUGAACUUAGUCUUCUCAGGAAUUUUUAAACUAUUAGAGGAUAUAUUUGGAUUGACAUUUAAGGAAGUUAAAGAUGUUGAGGUGUGGCAUGAAACAGUUAAGCUUUAUGCUGUUCUGGAGUUCAGUUCAAAUGAUCUUCUGGGAUAUGUUUAUCUUGACAUUUUCUCCAGGCAUGGUAAAUUUACCCAUACAUGUGUUUUGUCACUUCAAAAUGGGAGCUCAUCCUCCAAGGGAAUUGAACAGAUUCCUGUUACCUUACUAAUAUCUCAUUGUCCAAAGCAAUUUGAUGAGUGCCCGGCCCUAUUGCGGUUCUCUGAUGUCAUAUGCCUCUUCCAUGAGUUCACUCAUGUGGUUCAUCAUAUUUGCAAUCGUGCAGCUUUUUCUAGGUUUUCAGGUUUGAAUGUGGAGGGUGAUUUUGUUGAAAUGCCCAGCCAUCUUCUUGAAAAUUGGUGUUAUGAGAAUCUCUCUCUUAAAAUGAUGUCUGGCUUCCAUAAGGAUAUCACCAAAUCUAUCACGACGGAGAUAUGCAAAUCAUUGAAGAAGAAGCGUGAUUUGUUUUCUGGCCUGAAAUUGAAGCAAGAAGUUCUUACUUGCCUGUUUGAUCAGAUAAUACAUUCCCGUGACAACAUAGACAUAGUCGAGUUACUCAGACACCUUCAUCCUAAGAUAAUGUUAGGUAUACCCUUGUUGGAAGGAACCAACCCAGCCUCUUGUUUACCUCGCUCAGCAAUUUGCUAUGACGCUACUUGCUAUAGCCAAAUUUGGAGUGAGGUUUUUGCUGCUGAUUUAUUUGCUACAAAAUUUCAAGAUGAUUUGUUAAACCUGCAUGCAGGUCUACAAUUCAAAAAGAAGGUAUUGCAGGCUGGAGGAUACAGGGAACCGUUUGAUAUUUUAUCGGACUACCUUGGUAGAAAGCCUUCUAUCCGGCCGUUUGUUGAAAUCAAAGCCAGAAACAGCUUGCCUCUAGCAGAAAUCAAUUAAUUUGUGAACAGUUAGCUUUGCCAGUGACUCGUGGACAUGUAUGUGUCUAUUUAUUUAUUGCUGUUCUUUUCAUUUUCAGCAAUCAUGUUAAUCUUAUAAAAGUCUACAAAUUAAGCAUACUCUUGUUCAACUCUUAAAUGUUUUUUUGAGCCUAUUGUACACUUUUUUCUUUUGUCGAGCUUAGCCAAUCAUGUUGUGGAGCGGCCAACCCAUUUAAAUAC